AUGGAAGGCGUCCUCGAGGAGAUUGACGCCAUGCUGGGCGAGCAGCAGUCGGUUUCGGCGCGGUGGUACGCCCGCCGCGCCGACCUGCCCGUCGACGAGGCGCGCGCGCUGCUCAAGAGCUACUUGAGCGCGCGCGCUGGCAGCGCGAGCGGCGUCUUUCUGGUCUCCGGCGAGGCCGCCUCGGGCGGGCGUGUCGUGCGGCUGGCGGAGGCGGACGAGCUCGAGCGGACGCGCGCCGGCUUCGCCUCCGUCACCACGGAGCAGCUCUACUCGGUGCACGCGCCGGCGCUCGCGUCCGACGCCUCCCGCAAGUACGAGCCGCUCGCGUCGCUCGCCGCGGCGCAGGACGCGCAGCUGUACGAGGAGGCGAGCGGCGAGACCAAUUGCCUGCUCGACAACCGCUGGGCGGCGAUCCGGCCUGCUCACUAA